GAUUGAAGUCGUCAAUUUUAUUCGUCCGAAAGGAGGGCUAAAGUUUUUGAAGUUUGACUUAAAAAAAUAAAACGUUUAAAGUAAUUUCUGUUUAUCUCGUGAAACAGGUUUCGUUUUACCAGAAGUGCACCCGUUCGAUGUAGUUCGGGACAAUUCGUCGACAACCAAAGAGAGCACUUGAGCGAGGAGAUGACGUUCGACGGGGAUUGGAAGCUCGUGACCUGCGGCUGGGAAAGGGAAGAAGGGGAAGAUGGCAAUGGCGACUCUCCAUCGUUUGAUACAUCUCACGUUGUGCAUCUUGGUCCUCCCAUCUGCCAUGCUAAAGCCAUCAUAGCUGAAUACUGGAGCAAAAUGCCGGUCCAUGAAAAACAUAUGUCAGCACGUUUGAUGAGACUUCACACCUAUUGGAUGCCCCUCCUGUUGGACUUGGAUCCGAUGCACGACACCUUCAAGUGGGCCUUGCGCUGCGGCGUGCUCAACCCAUCUGACCCCACCCAUGUGAGUAAGAAGACACUGACCAAGCUGGAAACCCUGGAAGCAAUUCUCUACUCUCUGGACGAGGCAUGGUACGCCGAGGAAAAAAUAUUUCACCUCCUCUUCAUCGCCAUCAGCUUUCGUGAGCACCUGCCGGAGGCGCUUGAGGAUGCUCAACUGUUCCUGAGGGAAGAAGAAAACCCUCGUCUCGCGUUCCUGGGCAACAAGCGUGUGCGCUACGCAGUUUUGUCCUACAUGUUUGUCGAGAUCGUCAGUUUCAUGGCUGACAUGGUGUGCGACACCAGUCGGAUAAAGGACUGGUUACUACUGAACCCCAGUGAGCCCGCCGUGGUGGAAAGCAACUCCCUCAAGAAUGGGGGAAACCUUCUUUUUCAGGAGGAGAAGUACCAACAAGCAGUGGUUGAAUAUUCCAAAGCCAUCAAAAAGAAUCCUCAAAACCACAUCGCCUUCAGCAACCGGGCGCUUUGUUAUACCCGCAGUCAACAAUUUCUAGAAGCUGCUUGUGAUGCAAAACGGGCCAUUCUGAUAGAACCGCUUUGGGUCAAGGGCCACUACCGCUACUGCGAGGCUUUGUUUUUGUUGGGCGAGGUGGAGUGGGCCUUAAGCAGCAACAACUUUGCACAGGCUCUGCUUUGUUCCGACCCUGGUGGAGUCAAAGACCUAGAACAGCAAUGCGACAGGUUUAAGGCCGCGCUUCGAGAAUCAACUGGAUGUAGCAAAGCGGAACCCCCCAAGAAAAAAAAGAGCACAGUGGAUAAGCCUAAAAAAAAACAAAAGCCAACUAAAGCCGAGGACACUAACAAGUCGACAGUUGUGGAGACGCAGCAGCUGUCGGGAAAAGGCAACAACACCACCAAUAAUAAUGAUAAGUGCAAUGACGCAUGCAAGGCGGCCACCGGAACGAUGAGCAAAAUGAACCAAGCGGUUAAUGACAAGACGGCUGCUACCAAAGAGCCACUCAAAACUCAGAAGAAGAAACCCACGGCCAGUAAGGAUCACGCACACGUGACGCCUGACAGAAACCAACUCGCCGAAGAAUCGAUGAGACACGUGAUGACGUCGGCCCAUUCGUACCUGAUCAGAGAGUGCUAUUACAAAGCCGACACCUUCUUCACGCAGGCGUUGGACCUGCUCGACUCCUUCACAGCGGACGAAAAGAAGAAACUUGGAUUCUCUGCACUGGAUAUGCAGCUGGUGCUUUACGGCCGCGUGUCUGCCUUGACUGAAAUUGGCAAACCUCAGGAGCUGUCAGAAGCUCGCAAACUUCUGAAGAAGAUCCAAUCGUAUGAGGAGAGGCUUUUCCAGGGUCUGGUUCACUACGCCUACGGAAGAAUUUACCUCAAGGAGAAAAGGUUUGCGACGGCGCUGGAACAUUUUCAAGAUUCUCUGCAGAUGUUGCGGAAUCAGAUAACGCCGGGUAAACUCACCUGGCCGCAAACCGACCAAAUUGUCAAAGAGACCGAGACGGACUGUUUUAAAGAACUUCUCGAAGAGUCCAUCGACUGCUGCAAAUUCCCUCCUCUGCCCGAUGGCACCUGUCGGUUUAACGGCUGCCUCGGCCCUUCCAAAAAUAUAUACAUCACCGAGCCGGACUUUAAAGGCUUUGUUGAGUUCAAGUGCAGCCAAAAGUGCCUCAUUCAAUACCACAACGCCUGCUGGAAAGCCUGCAAGCCUUCGUCCUUUGACAAGAGCCCGAAGCCGUGUUCGACUCCCGACUGUUCCGGUACAAUCGACUCUAUCAAAUAUAUUGACGCAACGGGCCUGGUGAAACAAAUUGUGCCCACCGGCCGACGGGCAGAGAGUCCGAGAAAACCAAAAGUCAACCAGAAGCCUCCUGCGUGUGUGAAGAAAUCCAAGGAGAAGAACCAGUGUAAAAGUGAGAAUAAUAAAAAUAAUAAUAAGCAGCAGAUGUCGGAAAACAAGACCACCGCCGUCAGUGAUGACAUUUCGCAGCAAAAAAAUAACUCCCCCGCGCCGACUCAGCCGAACGCCUGGUUGCUGUACCAAGACAGAAUCCUGGUGCAGGUCAGUCAGAUGAUGCAGCUGCUGCGCCAGGAGAAGGCCUUGGCCGCGUCGGACGUGAGCGCCUGCCUGAAGCCCUGGCUGGAGUUGGACUCGGCGUGGGGCAACCAGCUGGCUGCCAAGAUGCUCAACUGGGAGCAAGAGCGUCUGGAGACCUUGGAUCAGGCCGCCGAGCUGCUCCUCCAGAGGAAGAAUCGCGUUUGGGCGCGCAUCUUCAUCCAUUUGCUGUCCAAUACUUCCAAUAUCAACGCGGAGCUCGGCCGCUGGGCGGGACGGCUCAACGACGCAGAUCUCAAGGCCGCCAAGUCCUUCGUUGAACGCAACGCGGAGCACCUGGAUAAUGUGGACCUUGCCCCGCUGGUGACCUUUGCCCCUUUCAAGGAGAUUAUUUCCGAGUAUUGCACCCACGACUCCAACUUUGUUUCACGCAACGUGACUAAACAUAUCAAAAAGGCUCCGCCGCACCAAAUGAGACUUUUUAUCUGGACUCUGGAGGAGCAUAAGGACAUUUACAUCUCCUUCAAUAUUUUACUUGAUGAGUAUUUUGUUAACAUGAUUGGUGGACAUUUUUCAGUUCUUAAGAAGUCUGGUAAUCCAAAUAGUUUUCCUGCUGGUGAUAAGGGUCGUGGGCGAAAGAAGAAAAAAGAUCCAAAGAUCCUUCAAACAUUUUUCGGGAGUGAAAACGACGCAGCCGAUGAGUGGGCGCAAGAAGAUCCCAUAUUUUUCCCGGACCCCAAUGAGCCUUUUAGUAUCCCCGUCCACCUUCGGGGGCAAGUGGCUGACUUUGAGGAACGCUACAACGGCGCAGGACACGCGAGACAUUAUAGUCAGGUUUUGGACGACAAUCCAGAUCCCGCUGUGGAGAAUUUAUACGACUACUUUGCCCAGAUUUUCGAGGAGCACGGCCCCCUGCCGCCCGACGAUCCCCUGCUUCACGGCGAGAUGGCAAACUUCCCGCCCGAGGCUCGAGUCAAGAUCCGACAGGCGGGCGGCUUUAUGAGCUUCCUGCUGGAAUCCACCCGCUUCGUCAACAUCGGCAGCCGCGUGGGUCUGGCCAAACACGCUGUGGCCCUGCGGCAGGCCACCCGCCCGCAGUCUCCCCGCAUAGUUUCACCUGGCCCAAAUAUAACUUUGGACGCGGGCAAAGACCCCAGCGACGGCUCGGACCACGACAAUCUUUCCCCCGACGACUUUCGAUCCCUGGAUCUUUAUACUUGCGAGGUGGACGAGACCUGGGAACUGUGCUCCUACGGAAGUAAUUUAAGUUCAACCCGACCAGAAGUCGAUGUGAAGAAACACGCCGAGACACAGACAUAUCAAGGAGUCAAGAAAUGCGUUGCGGUGAACACGGAACCUCUGCGGCCUUACGAGGACAUCCAGGGUGGUAUCAACAAAAGGGUCGAGAUAAUUCAACGACUGCAGGUGGAGAUGAGUAAAAUGGAGGAAGACCGCAAAGCGCUGGAUCUGGAGCACAAAGAAACCUUGGCGUCCUUGGAGAAAGACAUCCAGGAGAUCAGCACCAACAUAAACAUUACGGACAAAGAGAUGAGCAUGUUCCAGCAGAAGCUUGAGGAGGAGGUCAAGAAAGACCAGAAGGAGAAGAAAGCCAACCAGGAGACUCUGAAGGCCCUCAAGAUGGAGACGGCAAAAUUGGUGGAGGAGCGAGACAGUCUCGCCAAGCAAAUUCGAACUAACCAGGCCAGCUAUGACGACAAGUUCAACAAGUUCUUGGAGCUCAGCCACCAGGCAGCGGCCGAGAGGAUGAGUCUGGAAGAUGAGAUCAACCGCUGCAAAAAGUCCAUCGCCGCGGCAACCAGAAGAUCCCUCAGCGCCCAAUUGUCCAAGUUGGAGAGCAGCCGGGACCAGCGUAUGUACGGCCUUCACGUCCGGCUGGCUGACGCCAAGACUCUCCUGGCCAAGCUGGAUGAACAUGUGCCUUGGUAUCCCUCCCUGGACGCCAACAGACACAACGUGAGAGCCAAGGUCCAAGAGCUGGAGCAGAAAAUCGCUGCUGCUGAGAUUCUCUACAAGCAACAAGUGGAGCAAGUCAAAAGUGGCCAAAGAGUCCAAGACGUGCUCAGUCGUGACCGGGCCGAUCUUCGAGUCUCUCCGUUGUCUUCUGAUCUUGACGCCUUGAGCAUCGUUGACACACCGCCGGUGCCCGCCGCCUCGGCUCAGGCAGCAGAGAACCCGGCGAGACUCGCGCAAGCUGGAAAUACGAUGUUUGAGAGGGCCGUGGACAGCCUAGGGGCCAUCUUUCCCGAAUAUACCAGGUCGGAUUUCAUGAAGUUUUUUAAGGAUCUGCGCUCGGCCAAUGGCGGCACUCUGGGCUGCUGGAGCUUGCAAGAGGUGGUCAGUGGAGUCAGCCAGCUCAUCCUGGACCAGAAGGAGGCCGUCGCAUCCGGGGCCAAAUCCAAGACCACCAGGCUUGGGGAUGCGGCCACGCCCCCUUUGGUAGACCCACCUUCGGUCUGGCAAAAGUCAGUCUCCCAAACGCCAGUCAGCUCCAGUCCGCUGAACUUGGAGGAUGAUUGCAUCAUCUGUCAGGAAGAAAUGAGUCCACCUGACUGCUUGGUUUUGGAGUGCAGACACACCUUCCACAAAAAGUGCAUCACAUCGUGGCUGAAGGAGAAGACCACGUGUCCCACCUGCCGGAAGGACACGAUGUUCAGCGAUUUCCCUUUGCUGCCCGGUAGGAGGCGCCAAGCCCCAUGAUGUCAUUCCCUUUUACUCAUUUGUUCUCAGUUAUGAUGAAUAAAAGUCAACUUUUAAGUUUUCCUUUUGAUGAGUACACACUAACA